AUGACUGUAAAUAAAGCAGACCAGUUAGAGUGGGACUUGGAAAGAUGUCCUUCACCUUCUGAGGCUGAGCCGAGGUCACCAGCAACACAGUCAGCCUCUGUUUCCCUCACAGUCACCAACAACACAGUCAGCCUCUGUUUCCCUCACAGUCACCAACAACACAGUCAGCCUCUGUUACCCUCAGUCACCAACAACACAGUCAGCCUCUGUUACCCUCAGUCACCAACAACACAGUCAGCCUCUGUUACCCUCAGUCACCAACAACACAGUCAGCCUUUGUUUCCCUCACAGUCACCAGCAACACAGUCAGCCUCUGUUACCCUCACAGUCACCAACAACACAGUCAGCCUCUGUUUCCCAGUCACAGUCACCAACAACACAGUCAGCCUCUGUUACCCUCAGUCACCAACAACACAGUCAGCCUCUGUACCCUCAGUCACCAACAACACAGUCAGCCUCUGUUACCCUCAGUCACCAACAACACAGUCAGCCUUUGUUUCCCUCACAGUCACCAGCAACACAGUCAGCCUCUGUUACCCUCACAGUCACCAACAACACAGUCAGCCUUUGUUUCCCUCACAGUCACCAACAACACAGUCAGCCUCUGUUACCCUCAGUCACCAACAACACAGUCAGCCUCUGUUACCCUCAGUCACCAGCAACACAGUCAGCCUCUGUUACCCUCAGUCACCAGCAACACAGUCAGCCUCUGUUACCCUCACAGUCGUCAGCGUCCAGACAGUGAGCGAGGCAGAUAAAACACGUGCCCAUGUGCUCAGUAAAGGAGGAAUAUUAAUCACCAUGUUCAGGAGUCCUACACUGUACACUACAGCCAGGAUAACACAAACAUCAAAAAGUGACCUUGAAAAACCAUAG